AGCUAUCCUAGCCGUCAUUUGUUUAGAAAAUUAUUGUGAUCGUCAGAAAGUGUAUUUCAAUUCGAAGCGUGCGCUGAAGUUUUAUUUAAAUUUUAUAUUUAUCAUUAAUUAUCGUUGUGAAUACACUAGAUGUGGUUUAAAAAUUAAUUUCACUUCGUAAGGACACAUUAAGUAUCAUGAAACAAAUUACAUCAAGAAAGGAUAACAUAAAAUAUGAUGAUGAAAAUGUGAAAUAUAAGCUAAAUACUUUAUAUUUCAACAGUGUUAAAUCAAAUUCUAAAAAAUCAAAGGAGCAAGAUGACGACGGCGUUCGAUACAAACUUGCACCAGUAACCCCUAAAUCUAAAACAAUUGCCAAAAGAAAGUCAAAACCCAAAAUUAAAGUUAACUUUUGGAGUAAUAAAAAUCUAGUGCAAAGUAAAAAUGCAACACUUAAAAAAGAUCCUAAACAAAGACAUACAAUUUGUACCACAGAUCAUUCAGAUAACCAGAAAGUUCCAGUAGUUAAAGUGCGAAAACGAGUUUCCUUUCUACCGUCACCAGUUUUUACAGAUGAUCACGUGCCAAUGGUGACUGUACCAGAUGAUUUAACAAUUCAACUUAACUCUGCAAAUGCCAAAGCAAUGGACAAUGGCUUGAAUCUAGUUUAUGUGAAUGAAACAGAUAUUAAUAAUUUGCAUGAACAAAGUAGAAAGAAAUCACGGACGUCAACAACACAAACCAGUCCACAAACCUCAAAAGGCUGUAACAGUGUUCAAACAAAUUGGGGCAAUGAAAAUGAACUAGAGUUUUUCUCUAAAUAUGUUGUUCAAAAGUUGAGAAGAAUGGAGACAAAUCAACGCAUUUAUGCAGAAAACUUAAUAAAUACAGUCCUCAUGUUUGGACAGUUGAGAAAAUUAAAUGGAAAAUCAAAAAUUUUGGAAGCAUAGCCUUGAAAAUGGUUUACAUAUUUAAAGAAAUUGUAUUAAAAUGUUUAGUUAAUUUAACAAAGUACAUGUUUGCAAUACUUUACAGAUCUCACAAACAUUUAACUACAUAUCAUUUUAACUAUGAUUCAAUUAUUAUUUUUUGAGUGUAUAAAGAGAUUCUUAUAGUAGAGUUGUCUGAAAAAAUAUAUAUGAAAAUAAAUAAGUAGAUUAAAUUUUAUACAUGAAGUUAUGUCAAUGCAAUAAGACAUGAAAUACAGUAGGUGCUAUGAAGGAUUGUUUAAGCUUAAAUUAGGUUAUUUAGUUAAUGUUUUCAAUUGAUUGGAAUUAAGAAAUGUUUGCCUGGUAUACUUUAAAGGUACAAAUUAUAUAAUUUUUUUUAAAGUUAGUUUUCUUAAUACUUUAAUACAUAGCACAAUUUAAGUUUUGCUACUUAAUCUUGUUCUGUAUUAUGGCUCUAAAAUGUGUUCUUGUUUUAUAACUUAGUUAAAUUAUUUCUAAUAAAAGUUAAGUUGAA